AUGUCAUAUUUAACUAGAGAAUAUAUCAACUACAGUAGGGUAUUACACCAAAUGGUCUCCAAAGAUAAUAGCAGGAAUGAAUUAAAAUUAAAUGAAAAUAUUUUGGGUUUUUGUUAUAAUUUAUUUGAGCCUGAUCUUUUUAUUAAGGCAAUCUCUAUACUAGAAUCUAAUAAUUUAUUUAUAUAUAUAUUGAACUUAGACAAUAAAAAUGAUGAAGAGAUUAAUAAAUCUUUGACGUUAUGCAACGUUAAUAAGGAAAAGGUCAUGUUUCGAAUAAUAAUAAAAGAAGAUAGUGAUGAUUGUAAUCAAAAUGAUAGCGAUGGAAAUUUAAAGAACAAGAAAAACACAUCCAUAGUAUUUACAGAUUUGCCUAAUUGGUAUUGUUCGUGUAAUGAAUUCAAUGGGAAGUUUCAACAGAAAUUAAACACUGUUAAUCUUAAAAAGGAUUUGGUAGUAAUUUAUAACCAUCACAAGGAUAGGUUGAAUGAGCAUGGUAAAGAUUAUUUUGGGAAAUUCCAAUAUAGUAGUCAUAAAGAUAAAUACACAAGUGGCUUAUUAAUGUGUCCGCAUUUAUUAGCUAGUGCAAUGCUAUUACAGAACAGUGAUGAAAAAAUUGGUGAUUCGUUAUUAGAAGAGAAUCGUGUAUUGAGGUAUUUUACCAAAAUAAAACAAAGUUGUUAUAUAAUUCAAGUUACAAACAUAGACGAAUGGUUAAGAUUACAAUGUAAUAUAAUUGUAUAA